ACAAAUGCCUUUUUUGUUCAAAAUAGUUUACUUUGCUUGAUUUAAAAAAAACUUCAAUAAAUCUUAUUUCUAAACAUAGUAGUAGCGUUACACUAUGCAUGAAUACGUAAAAAAUAAAAUGCACGACGCCAAUAACAUCGAUGUGGUCACACUUCUAAUCAGAUUUUUUUUUUCGUUUGGCGCAAGUAACGGAUUGAUGUAUGCAAGAAAGAAAGAAGUGAACAAAUAUUCGCCAAACGGAAUUUUUUCAAUCAAAAACCCAAAAUAUAUUAACCAUAAACACCAAAAGUUUCUCGACAUUUUUUUUUCAAAGGCGAACGCAGUAAGAGCACAAUGUCACGAAAAGAGCUAAGUCUCAACGAUUUGGGAGACAAAUUUCUUUUGAAUUCGAUGCUAUAUCUUCCGCUCAAUGAACUGUGUGUAAUGAAAGGUGUUUGCCAAAAAUUUCGAAUUCUGGCCAACAAAGCAUUCAAACGGCGAUCCGGUGGUCAAAUUAGGUGUGACAAUUUGAUUGAAAAUUUUCAACAAAUAGCGCAUAUCUUACGAUGUUUUGGCUCAACAAUUAAGGGUGUAACAAUCGAUGGAUCAUUUGUAUGGGACUUGAACACAUCGCUUCUUACGCUGUUAAACGAACACUGUACCAAACUGACGAAGCUAAGAUUGGUUUGUCUGCAUUUUGAAAAGGCAGACAUCAACAUCAUGAAAACGCUAAUUCAACGUUUGGAAUCAAUGGAAAUGUUCUAUUGUACCAUUGCCACAGCGCGUGGUAUAAAUUACAACGUAUUCUUGAAGGAAGCCCACUUCUUAAAAGAGUUCACGUUCAUUGGACAAGAACAAGUUAUCGAUUUGAAAUGUUUGAAUAACCGAUGGCCAUAUAUGGAAAAACUACAGAUUAUUUCAGCUCAUCUCGACGAAGAAGAAAUACUCAACCAAUUUUUGCGCAAAAACCAAACAGUCAAAUACUUUUGCUACACACCAAAUAUAUUGCAUCCAAUAAAACGAUCUUGGUGUCCUUGGACCAAAAUGCAAACCAUAGACUUCUUAUCAGAUUUAGUAGAACUUUCCAUCGAAUUGAAUAAAACCACCAAAUAUCAACCGAUAUUUAAGGAUUUGAUCAAGCUACAACGCAUUGUUAUUAACUGUCAAGCAUAUAAUAAACCCAUUGAUGAGCUUGUUGAAAUUUUAGCAAAAAAGAAAUCAUUGAAUGUACUCGGCUUGUGGAAUUUGGAGUUUGAUGACAUUUCGACACUACCCAAAUUAACCAACAUUGUGACGCUGGAACUUCGUGAAAUCAAACCAAAAGUCGAUCAAAAAACAUUGAGCGCAGCGCUUAAAACACAAUGGAAUACAGUCAAAAAUUUGUAUUUGGACUAUACAACUGUACGUGACGUUGACGACUUAGAAUUUUUCGUUGUAAAAGGAACUCAGCUGGAGAACUUGUAUUUGUGCAACGUUAAAGGACUUUUUAUUAUGCCAGAUCAUGAACAAUAUGACACUUGGUGUACCAAAAGACGGAAACAUUUGAAUAUUUUUAUUGAUCCAUUCUACUUAAUGAAACAACAAUCAUACUUUGGCAAAAAUAAGAAAAUUCAAUUCAAAACAUUUAAAGAACCCAUUGGUCAAUAUGUAAACGUCAUUUGUGGUGCCAAUUUGUAAGUGAUUUGUUUUUGUUGAACAUUUUGAUAAUUGAAAAUGUGAUUGUAACCAUUACCAUUAGUUCAAAAACGUUGUUAUAUAGACAAAAAAAAAAUCUUUAUCCAACUUAAUCAUCGAUUUAUAUUCUUAAUUUAUUUUCUUUCACAAAAUAACUCAGGUUUUAUACAACUGAAGUAG